AGGCGCGCCCUCCUCGCCGACCGAGAUGCCGGUGCCGACGCAGGCGCCCUCCCCGACGUCGGUGGGCGCGAUGGACGCGGACAUCAUCGACGAGUCGGGCCAGGACCUCAUCGCCCCCUCGGCCGAGUUCGGGCCGGGCCCCCUCCGCUCUGGCGCGGCUGCGCCGUCCUCGCCGACCGAGAUGCCGGUGCCGACCGAGGCGCCCUCUCCGACCGAGGUGCCGGACGAGGACAUCAUGCCGGCGCCGUCCGCGGAGUUUGCCUCCGCCGGGUAUGAGUCGAUCAUGCGACCGCGCGCGGCUGCGCCGUCCUCGCCGACCGAGAUGCCGGUGCCGACCGAGGCGCCCUCUCCGACCGAGGUGCCGGACGAGGACAUCAUGCCGGCGCCGUCCGCGGAGUUUGCCUCCGCCGGGUAUGAGUCGAUCAUGCGACCGCGUGCGGCCGCGCCGUCUUCGCCGACCGAGAUGCCAGUGCCGACCGAGGCGCCGUCUCCAACGUCGGUUGCCGCGGUGGACGACGGCGUCGCGCCAGCAGCAGGCUUCCCCGCGCCCUCGGCCGAGUUCUUGCAGGGCCGGCGCCCGGGCGCGGGCGCUCCGUCCUCGCCGACGGAGAUGCCGGUGCCAACCGCGGCGCCGUCUCCGACUUCGGUGGGCGCGGUGGACGAGGACGUCAUGCCCGCGCUGUCCGCGGAGUUCGCCUCCGCGGAGUACGAGUCGGUCGUGCGACCGCGUGCGC